AAACGUCGUGACCUUACAGAGACCGUGUGGAUGGCCGACACCUAAAUACAGGAUCCGAAGACAAGUGGGACAUGUGGUGAAAGAGCUGCAGUCGAAUACAGGUUCAAUCCAUCGAACGUAGAAAUCUCUAGGCAGUGAUGUCUGCCUGAAAGGGGAAGAAAUUGAGAAAUAUGUGGACGUCUAUGGGAAACUAGAUUUCCGUUAUCGAUAAUCAACCAAUUUGUGCUCAAAUUUGUUUUCAAAUUUGUCAGAACCUGUUGACAUUUGACUAACCGAUGCUCAUGUACCGCAGGGUUUAGAAGUCCUUACUGGAAAAUUGAACAAGCACAGCCACAGGUAGAUUAAUGUAUCAGAUGCUAACAAAUUAUCACUGACAGUUUCGAUAUCUCCUACCUUCAUGACUCCUGACUUGACGUUUCUGUUAUUAGAUAUUCUAGAAAGAGCUAGACUGAGAAAUCAUUUAUCAUGGUCCGUAGACUGUGAAAUAAACAAAGGCCAAAUACAACACCUCACGGUAUUGGACAGCAUCUGGCACGAAGAGGUGGACUCCGUGAGUCCAUUUCAUGAUGACUGGUACUUUGGUCUGGGCAUCGGCAAUUUGAUCUCGCUGAGCAAUAUCAUCGAAGAUACGGAGAAGCUCUUAACUUCGAAACCAAAUGUCUAACUCUGGAUGCUGCAUUCAUAUAGUUCUUUGAUUACGACUCGGAUUCUUGCAACUCGAUGACUAACAUGCCGUCAGUAUUGAAACAAAUCAAAAUUCUGAUUUUUUCGACCUGCAGAUGAUGAAAACCAUGUUCUGUUGAGUUGUAUCAUUUCUUCUGAGGUAAGAAGUAUUAGCUUACGCUGGUCAAUUGAGGGUAAGCCACGGUGUUAAGAUUAACUUGCAUCGUCGGGACAGUCAUAUAUGAGACAUGGCACUUACACUUCUUCAAGGCUGGGAACCCCAUUCAAAGCUUGAGAAAAGGCUAGUUCCGGCUUGUUGAAAGUCUAUCUUCCUGCUUAAGAAUUCAUUGAAAAAUAUCAGUGUCACAGCACUUCAUGCAGAUUUCGGUAAGAGGUAAUUCAACAGAUCGAAUUGGAGAUGAUUGGUCUCAUCUACAUUUACAUAUUACCCAGAAACCCAAAUACAAAAGUAUAACUUGACUCUGUCAAUAUGUUACAGUUGCAAACAAAUCAUAGACGAGAGACGCCGAUCACCCGGAUACUAGUGCAAUCAUACAUGAAAUUCUCCUCUGUCUUUGAUUUCAACCCACCGUCUCGUUGCUCAUGUUCGAAAAAAAUUAAAAGUUGUAGCGGAUGAUUCGAUAAUUCUGUAUGUCUUGGAUACUUAAGAGACGUGCCUCAUCGAGCAAGAAGAGGAAGGGGUCAGAUUCUGAAGAUACUUUUGCUCGUGAUUACAAGAAGCGUAAAAAUGGUUCCUUAGCUUCCCCAGGUUCCACAACACAACAAUCAAACAGGGAGAAGGCUGCGGAGGGUUUAACCUCAGUCCAGGGGCCGUUGGGACCCCAACAUCCUUAUCUUUUGGGAGAUCGCCUGAGAAGAGUCCACAGGAUCGACGAUGACCAAGCAUUUUACGAUCGAUACCGAGAGGACCAAUUCGGUGACCUCGGUUCUGGAGCAUUUGGUAAAGUGAGCAAAUUCAUGGAUUUGAAGUAUAAGAAGGUAUAUGCAGUCAAAAUAGUGGACAAGAAUCGGGCCUGGGCCGAUAAUCCAGCCCCUUAUUUCAAACUCGCCACGUACUGCGAGGCCGCCUGCUUCAAAGAAAUCCUCCCCAGACAUCGGAGCGUCGUCGACGUCGUAAGAAUCAUCGAGUCUCCGAGAGUUAUAUACUACGUCAUGGAAUGCCUCGCUAAGUUUCAUUUGAAGCACAGCUUUAGAGCAUUCACGUCUGCACAAGCACGUACUUGUUUUCUCAAAAUCCUGCAAGCGGUAGACCAUCUACAUCAACACGGAAUGGUACAUAACGACUUGAAAUGGAGAACAUCUGUCUGAGGCAGGACGACAAGACGGACCCGAUUCUCAUAGACUUCGGCUGCUGUCAGUAUAAUCGCUCAAUGGUAAGGAAGAGGAAUUCUACGUUUGAACAAGACGAGAUUUUCACCGACAUCGAGCUGCGAACCAUGAGCAGUGUGAGCUGGUCGGCUGAUUCCACGAACCUUUGUUACAUUUUGGAAAUGUUCUUAACAGGCCAGCCGAUGCUGCAAAACAUAAUGAGCCCUACACUCGAUCGUUUCCCUCCCAAACCGGGAACGGACCCCGAUGCCCUGGCCUUGCUAGACUAUAUGCGAAAUCCGCGCAACAUGCAGUCCACUACAGUCGAACAAAUUAUGCAACACCCUUGGUUUAUGGAAGAACGAGCUAGAGCAGGACUAGAUCACAUCAUUGACAUUCCUCCCGAGUAUCCGUGAUACAGACGUUUCAACAGGUGUUAAGCUUAGGUUUAUGGGAAUCCUGAGGAUUUGGAAUAUUGUUGCUAUUUAGUCUUCGUUCAAAGGUAUGCACCAUACACUUGUUCUCUCUCGCCUUUGAUGUCAAAGAAACAAUAUAUGGGGGACUUAUUUAUAUUGUACAUGAUAUUUAGACCUACGAUAAACUUUUCAUUUCGUGCAAUAGAGAAAUUCGCUUCAAGUAGGUAGAAAAUUAAAGUCUCAUCGUCUGCAGCCAUAGUAGGAUACGUUUCCUUGGCUUAAAUAGCCAACUUUAUAUCGGUAACUUACUAGUAAAAGCUAAUUGAUAACAUGUGGUUCAGUUACGAUGAAAAUAUGUGUGUAAUGUAUAUAAAGUAUUGUGCAUAUAUCUGUAAAUAAGAAUGGGUGUUCUCAUAGACUUUAACUUUAGUUCUUACCAUAGUGAUUCAAAUGUGUUAAAGUAGAACUAUAUCAUGCAAAAAAAUUUAUGUUUAUGAUAAUUCCACGUAAAUAUUAUUGUUUUUCAUGAGUUAAAUAUUGGGAAUCGGCCAGUUUUCUUCAUAAACAAUGUCUAUGCAAAUGAUAUAUACG